AUGGCCACGCAAGGCUGCCACUCCAGUCGAGCACAGCGGCCGCACAAACUGCGUGCCGCCUCGCGCGCCGCAGGCGGCGGAAAGAAGACGAUCGAGGAGGUUCUAUUCAGAAAAAAGACGCAGCUGGAGCACAUCCUCCUUCGCCCCGAUACCUACAUCGGCUCCGUCGAGAAGCACACGGCGAAUCUGUGGGUCUACGAGAACGGCGAGAUGGUCCACCGUCCCGUCUCAUACGUCCCCGGACUGUACAAGAUCUUCGAUGAGAUCCUCGUGAACGCUGCUGACAACAAGCAGCGAGAUCCAUCGAUGGAUACGGUUAAGGUCGAUAUCGAUCCUGAGCAGAAUCUUAUCAGUGUUUAUAAUAAUGGAGACGGGGUUCCUGUUGAGAUUCAUCAGGAGGAGGGGGUUUAUGUCCCUGAGAUGAUCUUUGGGCAUCUGUUGACGAGUAGUAAUUACGAUGACAAUGUCAAGAAGACGACUGGAGGGAGGAACGGCUACGGAGCGAAGCUGACCAAUAUCUUUUCGACGGAGUUCGUGAUUCAGACGGCUGAUGGGAAGCGGCAGAAGAAGUAUAAGCAGGUUUUCACAGAAAACAUGGGGAAGAAGUCCGAGCCCACUAUCACCAAAUGCAAGGACGGAGAGAACUGGACAAAGGUUUCGUUCAAGCCAGAUCUUGCCAAGUUUAACAUGACUCAUCUGGAAGAUGACGUGGUUGCUCUCAUGAAAAAGAGAGUGGUCGACAUUGCUGGAACUCUAGGCAAAAGUGUCAAGGUGGAAUUGAAUGGACAGCGAUUGCCUGUCAAGGUUUUCUCUGAUUAUGUGAAUUUAUACCUCAAAUCUGCAAGUAAAGGCAGAAAUGAGCCCCUCCCAAGUAUUGGAGAGAAAGUUAAUGACAGAUGGGAAGUUUACGUCAGUUUAAGUGAAGGGCAAUUCCAGCAGGUCAGCUUUGUCAAUGGGAUCAGCACGAUAAAAGGAGGAACACACGUGGAUUAUGUUACUAGUCAAAUCGCUAAUCAUGUUAUGGCUGUUGUGAACAAAAAGAACAAGAAUGCAAACCUUAAAGCCCACAAUGUCAAAAAUCAUCUAUGGGUGUUUGUCAAUGCACUCAUUGACAAUCCUGCCUUUGAUUCACAAACAAAAGAGACAUUGACUACUCGUCAAGGAAGCUUUGGAUCCAAGUGCGAGCUCUCUCAAGCGUUUCUUAAAAAGGUGGAUAAAUCAGGAAUUGUGGAAACUCUUCUCUCGUGGGCUGAUUUCAAACAGAGUAAGGAGUUGAAGAAAACUGAUGGUGCCAAGAGGCAAAAGAUUACGGGCAUACCUAAACUUGACGAUGCUAACGAUGCUGGUGGCAAAAAUUCUGAAAAAUGCACAUUAAUUCUUACAGAAGGGGAUUCAGCUAAGGCUCUCGCGGUGGCUGGUGUCUCAGAAGUAGGUAGGGAUCACUAUGGUGUCUUCCCACUGAAAGGAAAACUGCUGAAUGUCCGAGAAGCAAGCCUCAAGCAGAUAAUGCAGAAUGAUGAGAUUCAGCACCUGAAGCAAAUCCUUGGUUUGCAGCAAGACAAGAAGUAUGACUCUGUUAAGGGCUUAAGAUACGGUCAUCUCAUGAUUAUGACUGAUCAGGAUCAUGAUGGUUCCCACAUUAAGGGGCUCCUGAUUAAUUUUAUUCAUUCGUUUUGGCCGUCACUACUUAAAAUUAAUGGGUUCAUGGAAGAAUUUAUCACUCCAAUUGUGAAGGCAAGUCGUAAGAAUGGGGAGGUAUUAUCCUUUUACAGCAUGCCUGAAUAUGAAGCAUGGAAGGAAAGUUUGAAUGGAAAUGCUAGUGGCUGGACUAUAAAAUAUUAUAAGGGGCUGGGAACAAGCACAUCCAAGGAAGGAAAAGAAUAUUUCCGUCAGAUAAGGAAGCACAAGAAAAGUUUCAUUUGGUCUGACGACCAAGAUGGAGAAGCUAUUGAGCUAGCAUUCAGCAAGAAAAAGAUUGAGGCAAGAAAAAAUUGGCUCCGCCAGUUUGAGCCUGGUACUUAUCUCGAUCAAGAGGGAGAGAAAAUCACAUACAGUGAUUUUGUUAACAAGGAGCUUAUACUAUUCUCCAGGGCAGAUUUGCAGCGGUCAAUACCAUCCAUGGUCGAUGGACUUAAACCAGGGCAAAGAAAGAUACUGUUCUGUGCUUUCAAGCGCAAUUUUGUCAAGGAAGCUAAGGUGGCCCAAUUCUCUGGUUAUGUUUCAGAGCAUUCGGCAUAUCAUCAUGGUGAGCAAAGUCUUGUCAGCACUAUAGUUGGAAUGGCCCAAGAUUUUGUGGGGAGUAACAACAUCAACCUAUUUCAACCAAACGGACAAUUUGGCACCAGAAAUAGAGGAGGCAAGGAUGCUGCUAGCGGCAGGUACAUAUACACCUGUUUGUCGCCCAUAACUCGAUACUUAUUUCCUAAAGAUGAUGACCUUCUUCUUGACUACUUGGAUGAGGAUGGGCAAUCAAUUGAACCCUCAUGGUACGUACCCAUAAUACCUAUGGUGUUAAUCAACGGAAGUGAAGGCAUUGGGACUGGCUGGAGCUCCUAUGUUCCUAAUUACAAUCCAAGAGAUGUCAUUGCAAACGUAAGACGGUUGCUGAAUGAUGAACCUAUGCAGCCAAUGGAUCCAUGGUACCGGGGUUUCCAGGGUAUAAUUUGGAAAUCAGCAGAAAAGGAAACUGGUGUCACCUACACAAUCUCAGGUAUUAUAGAGGAGGUUGAUAGCAGUACUUUGAGAAUCACCGAGCUGCCAAUUCGCAGUUGGACAUUGGAAUAUAACGAGUUUCUUGAAGCCAUGAUGAAUGGUACUGAUAAAUUCAAGGAACCAUUUAUCCAGGAUAAAAAAGCAUACAAUGAUGACACAACUGUGCAUUUUGAAAUUAUGCUCUCGGAGCAGAAUAUGGAAGUUGCGAAGCAAGAAGGUCUUGAGAAGAAGUUUAAGCUCACGAAUACGAUUAGUACAACCAACAUGCACUUGUUUGACCCCAGCGGUGUUAUAAAGAAAUAUGAUACGCCAGAACAGAUCCUUGAAGACUUUUUCCAUUUGCGGCUAGAGUUCUAUGAGAAAAGAAGGAAAAUUUUGCUGGACAACCUUGAGUUCGACCUUUUGAAGCUGGACAACAAAGUCAGAUUCAUUCUCGGUGUUGUUAGAGGAGAGAUAAUUGUCAAUAACCGGAAGAGAGUGGACUUGUUCCUAGAACUGCAUCAGAAGGGAUUUACUCCUUUCCCAAAAAAGACAAAAGGCAUUGAUGCUGCCAUUGCGGGAGCCACCGUAGAGACCGAGGAAAACGAGGAAGAGAGUCCAGAGAUGGUUAAGGGGGCAGUAAAAGCAAGCGAUUAUGAGUACUUGCUAUCCUUGGCAAUAGGAACAUUGACUCUGGAAAAAGUUCAAGCGCUCUGUGCAGAUAAGGAAAGACUAGAACAUGAGCUUGAGAUGUUGAGAAGCACCUCACCUAGGGCCUUGUGGAUGAGAGAUCUUGAUGCUCUAGAAGCGCAGCUAGAUGAACAUGACCAACAAGAUGCAGUGGCAGCGAAAACACGGCAAGAGAUGAGAGCGAAGAUCAAUAAGGGUGCUGCAGUUUCAAGAAAAGCACCGAAACCACUGAAAAAGAAUAACACUACAAAGAGCAUAGCAGCUACAGAAACCGGUGCAACUGUUGGUUCAACAUCUACUGCAACAGAAGCUGGUAAUGUAACUGAAGUUGCAAAACCCAAACCUCGAGGUGGUCAGAAGAAAGCUCCAGCUAAGAAGGCUACUGUAGUUGAUAGUGAUGAUGAUGAAGUGCUUGAGCUAAAAGAUCGGUUGGCUGCAUACAACCUAGAUUCUUCACCAGACCAAACAUCCAUGGAAACCGAAGCUGUGGGAAAGAAAGAAGCAAAUAAAAGAGCUGCUGCAAGGAAACCUAAAUCAACCUUGACUAUAUCAGAUGAUGAUGAUGACAUGAAUGCUGAAGAGAUGCCAACCAUUGUUGAGGAUGGUGAUGAUGAUGCAGAUUUUGAGAUGAUGGAAGCUGCCCCUAAAGGGAAAAAAGGCGGAGCAGGAAGAAAACCAGCAAAUGCUAAAGCCAAAGGUACUACUACCAUGACAACUGCAAGAAAGAGAGGCGGAGGAGCUAAAGGAAAAUCUCUUUUGAGCCAAAAGGCUAUCACUGACAUGUUGAAGCCUGUAGAGAAUGCAUCACCUGAGAAGAAAGUGAGGAAGAUGAGGGAGUCUCCUUUCAACAAGAAGAGUGGUUCUGUAUUGGGUCGAGCAGGAGGGUCGAUGACCGAGAGUGAAGGUUCAGUUGGUUCCUUAUCUUCUGUUAACUUGGAAGCUGGGCGUGAUGUGGUUCAGGUUACAAGAAACCUGCCGAAGAGGGAGAACAGGAAAAAGGUAACGUAUGUGGAGAGUGCAUCAGAGGAGGAAGAGGAGGAGCCUGUGACAGAGGAUUCUGAUUUUGAAGAGGAAGAAGACGAUGAUUGAGUUCUGUAAAUUUUACUGGGAACUGAAUCGUCUUGAGCUUUUUUAGUCAUGGAACCAACAUGUAGAACUCUAGAAAGUUUUCUAUUACAAUCAUGUAUUUUCCUGGUUGCAAGCAACCCGUGGUUUGUUGUGACGCUGCUUUCGCUUUAAAGUUGACAAGAAAAUAAAGUCUCUGAGUCAAAAUUAUUUUAAAUUCA